GCAAUCCCCAAAUGGUAUACCUAUUUAUCAGCCGCGCGGUAUUUUUAAUCGUUAUCCAAACGGUCACACUAUCCACCGAGCAAAAAAGCAAAUUUAGGCUUUUUAAAAUUCGAGAGUAGCUCUAAAUUAGGGGCCGCAAUGCGCCAAGCUCACCUGUAAGUGGCUCCAGCAAGUGUCUCGUCGGAGGUGCACAGGUGCGAGGCAGCGUACUUCGUCGACCGCUGACUUAGAGAAGCUUAUCCGCCCCUUGGGAAGAAAAAUCGAUUUUGUGAUAACGGGCCUACGCUUACGUGUUUUUGCAUUGCUAGUCGGAACCAAUUGGCCAGUGGACUCCACAUCAUGAAUGUGGACUUUGCAAGGGUGUGCGGGAAGCACAUAGGCGUCUACGAGGCCUACUACAAACUGAUUGACCCCAAAUCCACCGGGGCAAUCGAGGCCAUGACUGCGGCCAAGUUUCUAAAGAAGUCCGGCCUCAGCGACGUUGUGUUGAGCAGGAUCUGGGAUUUGUCCGACCCGAGCGGCAAGGGCUUUCUGGACAAGCCGGGCUUUUUUGUGGCCCUUAAGUUGGUGUCCCUGUCGCAGGCGGGAGAGGUGGCCAGCAUGGUCAACAUCUACCUGGACAUUGCCAACCCGCCCAAGGUGGGUGAGCUACCAAAAUCGAUGCCGUCGCGUAUUCAGACAGUUCCCGUUGCAAGCGCCGGUGUGGCGAACGGUGACUGGUCCAUCGGGGUGAUCGAUCGACUCAAGUACGAGCAGCUCUUCGAGUCCCUACACCCCAGCAAUGGAAUGCUGCCGGGCAACAAGGUCAAGGGCGUGCUCAUGGACUCCAAGCUGCCGAUGAGCAUACUGGGAACUAUAUGGGACCUGGCCGACCAGGACAAGGACGGCAACCUGGAUAUGCACGAAUUUGUGGUGGCCAUGCACCUGGUCUACCAGACGCUGCAGAAGCGAACCAUUCCCAGCGUGCUGCCGCCCGAGCUGCGAAAGCCCGGAGGCGCAGGACCGCCACCGAAGCCCGCCAUCCCACCACCGCCAGCGGGUGCUGCUAUGCCACGUGCUCCCAGCGGGGAGGGAUUCGGGGACGGCGGUUUUGUAGCCAAUUUUCCCAAGGACAUCGCCCCUCCGGCGGCUAUUCCGCCGCUCCCGGUGGCAGUGCCCCCCAUGACGCGCAUUCCCCCGGUGGGAGCAGUCAGCUCUCAGCCGCUGAUUCAGACGGAUCCGUUGAUACCGAUUGGAGCGCCGGUGACGGCGAAUGCCGACUGGGUUGUCACCCCAACGGACCUAAAACGGUUCGAGGAGAUUUUCCGGCAGUCGGAUCUGGAUAAGGACGGUCUGGUUUCCGGCCUUGAGGUGAAGGAUAUUUUCAUCAAGUCGGGUAUUCCGCAGCGCAGCCUAGCAGAUAUCUGGGCUCUUUGUGACACCAAUCAGUCCGGCAAGCUGACUGUGGAGCAGUUUGCUCUGGCCAUGUGGUUCGUCGAGCGAAAGCAGCGCGGUGUGGACCCCCCUCAUGUCCUCAUCGCGAAUAUGGUGCCGCCCUCAAUGCGCGCCACUGUGGCUGGAGUCGAUCUGCAGCCGCAGGAGGUCAAGCCCACUUACUCAAACCCGGAGCUGGAAAUGAUCUCCAAGGAGAUUGAGGAGUUGGCCCGCGAACGGCGUGUGCUGGAGACGGAAAUUGCCCAAAGAGAAGCGGAUGUGCGCAUCAAAAACGGCGAAGUGCGCAGUUUGCAGAGUGAACUUGAUACUCUUACCGCCACGCUGAAGCAGCUGGAGAACCAGCGAGGAGAGGCCCAGAAGCGACUGGAUGAUCUGCAGGCUCAAGUUAGCCACAAUACGGCCGUGCUGGCCAACGUAAGUCUUGACAUAUCCCGCACCAACAAUCAGGUGACAAAGAUUCGCGACCAGUGCCACAUGCAGGAGGAGACCAUCAACGAGCAGGAGGGCGAAUUAAACGCAAAACGCUCGGAGCUGCAGAAGCUCAAGGACGAAGAAGCUUCGUUGCAGAAGGAGUACGACAACAACAAUCGCGAGCUCUCCAAGCUAACCAACCACCUGCAGGCAACCCAACUGCAAAUCAGCUCGGUCCGAUCAAUGGUCACACAGUUGCUGGAGACGCAGCGACAGAUGACCGACGCUUUGCUCAUUUGUCGGGCUGCCAUGGAGAACCAAAACGCCGAACUCGUAUCCGAAUACCAGUUGAAGAUAGAGCCGGACUUCGAUGAGGCGCGCAAGACCCUCACCAAGGAAGUUCAAAUGCCCAAAGAUGAUCCCUUCGAGGAGAACAACAGCGGGGUUGCCAAUCAAGCUACCAACGGCUUCGGCAGCGAUCCUUUCUCUGGUCAGGCGGCCAACAAGCCGGCUAUUUCUACAGGCUUUGAUGACAGUUUCAACAUGAGCUCAGGCUUCGACAGUGGCUUCGAUGCCUUUGGUCAGAGCGGAGCGGGCUCAGCAUUUGGUCAGACCCAGCGGGAUCCCUUCGGAUCGGAUGCCUUUGCGGCUAACAAGAACAGCGCUAUUACUCCGGAGCCCGGUAAGGACGAUUUCGGCAGUGAUCCGUUUGCCGCCCUGCACGCUCCAACCGGCCAGGGCCAGGUGCUCAGUCCCAACGCUCAGAAGUCCGGACCGCCGCCUAGACCGGAGUCUCCUAGUCCAGCAUUGCCGCCAAAGAAGUCCAAGGUGCCGCCCCCACGACCAGCUCCACCCCGAGCAGCCCAGCCCACGGGUGCUUUCGGAAGCGGCGGCGCCGGAGGAGGAUUUGCCGACUUUGACGACUUCGACAAUAAGCUCCACAACAUUCCAAGCACACCCACGCCCACGCCCACGGCCACUGCUCUGUCCCUGCCCCCACCCACGCUGCCACCCCCCAUUCCGGUCGCCAGUGGAUCGUCAUUGCUAGACAGUUUCUCGCUAUUCGACGAUCCCGGCCAGAUCAGCAGGCAGGCGGCCACCACGCCCACUCCCACGCCCACGCCCAUCACUGUCCCCACCGUACACACCCUGCUCGCGACAUCUUCAUCCACGCCAGCGGCCCCACCCCCGGUAUUGGCUUCUGUAUCAACAUCAGGAUCGGGAUCUCUAGCGGUAGCGGGAGCGGGAGCGUUAGCAGAUCUCCCCAGUAGCGUCACCAUUACCACCGCCCCCAGCUUGAAUAACCAGCAUCUGUCGCGUUCCAAUACACCGCUGCAGAACCAGAGCACGACGGAGGUGGAAUUGGUGCCCAAGGCGGUAGCCAGUGUGUUUGAUGCCUUUGGAGAGAGUGCGAGUCGGAAGGCACCGACUCCAAGUCUCAUUACUGGACCAACCGACUUCAAGGAUGAUCCCUUCAAGGAUUACCGUUACGAGGAUCCGUUCAGCAUCAAGGAUCCCUUUGCCGAAGACGACGAUGAGCAGCAGUCAGGAGCCAAGGGAGCUGACUGCAAGAAGAACUUUGCGGAGGACUUUAGCUCGGGGGAUGAGAUGGGAUCUGCAGCUAAAACGCUGAGUAACAUCGUGAACAAUAACGGCAGUGAGCCCAAGGCGGCCACGCCUCUGAACAACGACCUGCUGCAGCAGUUCGACGCCUUCAACCUGAACUCGAGUCCCGCGCCCUCUCACCACUCAAGCACUUCGCACCACUCCAACUCCAAGCCUAACCACCAGUCGCAGACGGCGCUGGACGCAUUCGCCGACUUCGACGACUUUGCAGCGACGCUGGCAACCACUGGCGCACCUGGGGCUGGAACCACGGCCACAACCACUAGCAAUACGAAACUCAACAAUUCCUUUUUUGAUGCAUUUAACGACAACUUCAGUGUGAUCCAAAACUCAUCAGUACCCACUGGCGUGGUACCAAUCAAACCCAUCGAUCAAACGGCAAAGGCCUUCGACGCCUUCAACGACAACUUCGAGGACCACUUCAAGACAGGCCCCAACGCCAACUUCGCCAGCUUUGAGGGCUUCGAGGCCCACAACUUCUCGAGUGACUUCGGAAACGCCUCCUUCGGAACGACGGGCAAGGAGAAGCAGAACGGGCAGGUGGACAAGAAGGUCCAGAGCAAGGAGACGGUCAAGGACAAAUUUGCGGCCGACUACUCCAAGCCGGAAAGCUUCGACGCGGAUCUGGAGGAGGCGCUGAAGCGCAGCGUUCUGGACAACUAGAUUAGCUGACGACCUUAGUGGUUGAAUGUGAUUGACCCACGAGAUAUUCGCAGUGGCACCUGUAAUGUUCUCUCUAUUCGCACUCGAUCCGUUCCUUAGUGUUAGUGCUUUCUUUCCGCUUCGAUCAAAACAUCCUGGGGCCCACUUGCCGCUUCCAUGGUAUUUACUCAGUGCUUCUCGUGCUCAAGGAUCCGGGCGAAUAGAGAAAUCCAACGGAGCCGCAGCCGCAGCCGCAGCAGGUAUUACAAGCUUCAUGCUAUAUACAACUAUAUAUAAUUUCGCGUAACCACAUACUCGUAGAGCCUAAUCAUGUUGCGAUUUAACCUGUACCAAAACCCUAUGAAUAAACGUACGAAAUAACA